CGCGAGGACACCAUUUUGCAUAACUGGGGUUGCGCUGGAAGCCAUUGCGUCGUCGGCAGUUAGCAGGGAGUAGUGUGUUGUUUGUCCUUUCUUCGUAAUUAAUAUUUUUAGAUAUUAAAGUAGGUGGAUACAUAGCAGUAUGUUUAACCGGAUGACAAGCCUGUGGAUGGGGGAUUUGGACCCCUACAUGGAUGAGAAUUUCAUCAAAGAAGCAUUUAGUGCCAUGGGCGAGACUGCUUGUGGAGUUAAAAUCAUAAGUCACAGAGUGACUGGAGGUUCUGCUGGUUACUGCUUUGUAGAAAUGUCAGAUGAAGCCAGUGUUGACCGCUGUGUUCUCAGGCUGAACGGGAAGUUAGUUCCAGGAUCCAAUCCGCCCAGAAAGUUUAAGUUAAACUAUGCGACAUAUGGCAAAAGACCAGAGGCGGGGCCAGAGUAUUCUGUUUUUGUCGGCGACCUUACUCCCGAGGUGGAUGACUUCCAGCUCCAUCAGUUCUUCAUGAAGAAGUACUCCACGUGCAAAGCGGGCAAAGUGGUCACCGAUCAGUAUGGAAACUCAAGAGGCUACGGCUUCGUCAAGUUCGGCGAUGAAAACGAGCAAAGGAAGGCUCUGGAGGAGUGCCAGAACGCCAGCGGCCUGGGGGGCAAGCCCAUCCGCAUCAGCAUCGCCGUCAACAAGGGCAACAAGAUGAAUAAUUAUCAGCAAAAUUACAACUACAACAAUUACAACUACAACAAUUAUGGCAAUUACAAUGGCUAUCAGCAAUCAUACUACCAGCAGCCCUACCAGAGCUACUACCCGCAGUGGGGCUAUGAACAGUACAGCAGUUACAACUACGGCUACGGGCCUUACGGGGCACCCCCCCCGGGCCCUGGCAUGAUGCCCCCCCCCCCCCCCAUGGGCAUGCCUCCCAUGCCACCGAUGCACACAGACACCCUCACACCUGCAGAGCACACUGAAGGGUCUGCAGAGGAUGCUGACGAAGCUGUUGAAGACCCCAACCCCCAGGUGGAUGUGGACACUCUCAACAGGCAGUACAUGGAGCGCAGUGAGGAGCUGUACGACUCGCUCAUGAACUGUCACUGGCAGCCACUGGACAGCGUCACCUCCGACAUCCCGGCCCUGACCAGCUCCUGAAGGCCCUCCCAUCCAGUCUGCAUGUGUGUGUGUGUGUGCGUGCGCGUUGGGUUGCCUCUGGGGCUCAACAGCCAUUAAAAAUACCCCCCCCCCCCCUUACUGAUUUUUAUAUGUAAUUAUUUGGAACUUUCAAUGGGUGGUGGUGUACUCCGGAGGUGUAUAUGAUGUCACACAUUGAGGACUGUCCGUCCUGCUGUUUCUCCCAGCGGCGUCGUUUACCCUCUCUCGUGCGCAGGGACUCUCUGCCUGUGAGCGGGGAGCUUGGUCUGACGUGGCUUGGACCGCUGCAUCUGCCUUUCUGCUUCGACUGGUGAAUGGAAGGAUGGAUGGAUGGAUGGAUGAAUUCUCCAUUUGGCUGUGAAUUAGGGUGUUGCUGAUGGUGGUGGGUGGGGGGGGUCUGAGCGCUGGAGUGUAGCGGCUGUUGCGUAAGCCUUCUGAAGUGGCCACCUGUGCAGCCGUGGGUGGAGCGCUGCCCUCCUCCGCCUGUGCAGCCCUGGGUGGAGGCACAUCACUCAUCACUGCCUGCCAUAACUUUUAUAUAUUAUAUAUAAAUGUGGUGUAAAUUGAACAAUUUGGUGUGUUGUGUGUGUAUAUAUCUAUUUUUCCCCCCCUUUGAAUUACUGUUUGCCAUUAUUAAAGACAGAAAAUAGUUACUCUGGAAGAUCAGCUGUUGUGUUCAGAUUUUCUAAUGAGGGUGGGGUAUUUCGUGGUACUUCCUCCUGUCUAAGGUCUUAAAUAGAAGAAUAUAAAUUGGCACAGUCCCUUUCUUUGCAGGAACUCCAGUCGAGUGUCUCUAUGUUUGUAAACAAAGUAAAACAUCUUAACCAUAUUUUAGGUGGAAACGCCUCUUAUCCUGGUUAAGAUAUUUCAUAGAAAAAUUUUGUUUUCAGUAGUUGGGAGAACUUCCACUUUGCGUUUAAAGUUUAUUUCCUUAUAAAACUGUCAAACGUUUCAUGUAUUUUUGUAUUAAAAAUCAUCGUUAUUUUUAACUACCCUUUGGCCAGAAAGCCGCACGAUGAUUGGGGAUCUGAUAUUCAGACAAACACUCUAAACCUAUACAGAAGAGCUUUACGGGAUGAAGGGGUGUUUGUUUCCAUGUGCAGCAAACACCGACCACGUAUUGCGCUCGCCAGUUCAGUUCAACUGUCUACGGAAAAAGGCGGCAAGGUUACACAUCCGUUAUUUAGCUUGAAAUAUUUUCUGUGAAGCUCACUGGUUGAAAUUCUGUACGUAUUCUCCUGUUGCAGUAAUAAUAAAUAAACUUGGCAUACUGAAGAUUA